AUGUUGAACUUUUCCUCUACCAGAUUAUUCUCCACUGCAAUGACCGUCUCCAACAAGAUUAGACACUUGAUAUCGAUAUCCGAUUUAACAACUAACGAAUUCAAAUCUCUAGUUAAUAGAGCUGAGUAUCAUAAGCAGAUUAUCAAGACAGGAAAGAAACCGGAUGUGUGGCCUCUUCAAGGCGAAUUAGUGGCCAUGCUGUUUACUAAGAGAUCGACUAGAACUAGAAUUUCCACAGAAGGUGCUGCAGCGUACUUUGGUGGCCAACCUAUGUUUUUAGGUAAAGAAGACAUCCAGUUGGGAGUCAAUGAAUCCUUCUAUGAUACCACCAAGGUCAUCUCCUCAAUGACUUCUUGUAUUUUUGCAAGAGUUAAUAGCCACUCGGACAUACAAGAGUUGUGUGAACAUUCUUCUGUCCCUAUAAUAAACUCUUUAUGUGACAGAUACCACCCUUUACAAGCCAUAUGUGAUCUUUUAACCAUCAAGGAGAACUUUUCCGACUUGAAAGGAUUAAAAUUAGCAUGGAUUGGCGAUUCAAAUAAUGUCAUUAAUGAUUUGGCAAUAGCAGCAAUGAAAUUCGGCAUCAACGUGUCUAUUGCAACACCAAAUGGAAUUGAAAUUGAACAACAUGUAAUUGAUGCGGCUAAAAAGGUCACACAGGAAACAGGGGCUACACUGGAGCUUACGCACGAUGCAAAGAAGGCUGCAACAAACGCAAACAUAUUAGUAACUGAUACUUUUGUGUCGAUGGGACAAGAAUCGGAGACUGCUAAGAAGCUCAAGCAAUUUGAAGGAUUUCAAAUAAAUUCAGACCUGGUAUCUUUGGCUGAUAAAGAUUACAAGUUUAUGCACUGUUUGCCAAGACACAAGGAGGAAGUAUCUGAUGAUGUGUUUUACAGUGCCAACUCUAUUGUUUUCCCAGAAGCAGAAAAUAGACUCUACGCUGCAAUUGCUACAAUAGAGGCAUUUGUGGUGAACAAAGGCCAAUUCUUAUAG